AUGGCGUCAUUCACUUCCCCAGACGAAUUCGAAAAAGCGUACAGCACCCUCCAUGCCACCUUUGCAACUGGCAUAACGAAAUCGAUCCAAUGGCGCAAAUGGCAGCUCAAGCAGCUCUGGUGGAUGAUCGACGACAACGAAGACGCCUUCUGCGAUGCCCUCCACCAAGACCUCCAUCGUCAUUCCUUUGAAAGCAGAGCAGUUGAGAUCCCCAGCGUCAAGUCAGGCAUUAUCGAAAUGUUGGACAAUCUCGAGAAAUGGGCAAAGGGCGAGGCACCGCCCGACCCGGGCUUCUUCUUUGGCACGAUCGGAAAGGCUUGGAUCAGGAAAGAACCGUUGGGCGUGGCGUUGAUUAUCGGGGCUUGGAACUUUCCCGUGGCUACGAUAUUUCCGCCAGCUGUCGCAGCCAUCGCAGCGGGCAAUUGUUUGAUGCUGAAGCCGUCCGAGUUGAGUGGUGCGACACAGAAUCUUCUCGCGGAGCUGGUGCCCAAGUAUCUCGACACGUCGGCGAUCACUGUCGUCACUGGUGGUCCAUCCGAGACGGGAUUUAUCCUCGAGCACAAGUUCAACCAUAUUUUCUAUACUGGAGGAAGCAAGGUCGGUCGCAUUAUCGCGGGGGCUGCGGCUAAACAUCUCACGCCCGUUGUGUUGGAACUGGGCGGACAAGCACCAGCAAUCGUAACCAAGAGCGCGGAUAUCGAUCUGACUGCGAAGCGACUGGCGAAUACGAAGCUCUUCAACUACGGGCAAGUCUGUCUUAACGUCAACCAUGUCUUUGUGGAUUCUACAAUUCAUGACGAGUUUGUCGAACGAACCAUCUAUUGGAUGAAGCAAUUCUCUCAAGAUAAAACCGACGGUCUUCCUCGCAUUAUCAAUGAAAGGCAUUUUGAUCGAAUCAACAGGCUGCUCGAAGGAACCAAAGGGAAGACAGUCUACGGAGGAUCUGUCGAUCGAUCGCAGAAAUUCAUCCACCCAAUGAUUGUCACAAACGUGGAUGUAGCAGACAGUUUGAUCUCCGAAGAGCUGUUCGCCCCCAUCCUUCCAAUCAUCAAAGCCGAUGUAUCCGCUGCGCUCAGCACAAUCAAACCCAUGCCCCAUCCACUAGCUUUGUACAUAUUUUCCAAAUCCAAAGCUGAGAUCGAUUACAUUCUCGACAACACCAACUCCGGUGGCGUCACGAUUAACGACGCCAUGUUCCACGCCGGUGUACCAUCAGCUCCAUUCGGUGGUGUCGGAGAAUCGGGAUACGGCGCCUUCCAUGGGAAAUAUGGCUUCGACGCAUUCAGUCACGAUCGAACUGUGGUCACCAUGGCUGGACGCUGGGUGGAGUCUUUGCUCAGCUGGCGAUAUCAGCCUUGGGACAUGAAGAAUGUGGGCAAGCUUCCCACCACCAAAGCAACUUUCAAGCGCGGUGAGACGAUGCAGGAUCAGCUGGUUGGUGGCAGCAAUUGGACAGACACUAAUUGUCCUGUCUGA